GCGGAUUUAUCGUUUUGUGAGGUAUCUGCCAGUUCAUUGGCUAUACUGAGGCAACAUCGUCUAAGAAGGUUAUCACUGCGCCAUGCGAAAAUGUCGAAUAGUUCCUGUUUGGACGUGCGAGGCGUUAUAAGAGAUCUGAACGCUGAAACUCGAGCCAAUCUAGUGUACUUGAAUAUUUCCGGCUCCGUUUCGAAUUUGUUGGGUGUGUUGGAGUUACGCUCUCUGACAACUUUGAUUGUGUCUGAGUCGCAAACGUUCGGUGACUACGAACUGAAGAUGAUCUGUGAUGUGUUACCAGAAAUAAGGAUUCUGGAUUUCUCUUCAACAGCCGUCACUGUAAUUUCUCCGCUUACUCAGCUA